AUGGCAGAGGAGAUUACAGUUGAAGUUAUUGAAGAGUCCGAUCGGGAUGGUGGUCUUCGUUUCAGUGAGAAGAAAUACCAUAACCAGCCCGCCAAUUCUCCCAAUAUUGUUGACCGUGAGGCGGAAAUUGGAGCGGAAGAUCUGAAAGACAAUGGAGAGGAUGAUGAUUUAGACAGUGAUGAUGUUGACGUUGUAAUGCCAAAAGUGAGAGACUUCCCCCAAUCAGGUAUAAACGCAGGCGAUGAAGUAAGUUAUGGUUUGAAAAGAGGAUCACUUGUUAGGGAUUUAUGUCCUGAUCUUAGUGACGAGUCGGACUGGUUUGGUCAACUGAAGGACAAGAAUUUGUCGGGGCUGUGCAUGAAAGAUUUUCAAGACAUCCUGUUUGACAGUGUGGAGGAGGCAGAAAAGUUUUAUUCGUAUUACGCAUUCAUGGUUGGCUUCAGUAAGAAGAAGUGGAAAAUAGACAAAAAGGUGUAUGAUGGCGUCGAAAUGAUAACUAGAAGGGCGUGGGCUUGUUCAAAACAGGGGACUUGUGUACCGAAAAGGAAGCAGAUGGGGGAAUUUGACGAUCCAAACGAUACUGAUGCAGAGGAAGAGGAAGAUGAACUGAGUGAUGUUGAUGAGAAUGAUAAAACUAAAGGCCCCCAACUGGUUAGGCGUAAGAAGACAAAGAAAAGUGUUGGAAGGGACAGAAGAUACAGCAGGACUGGUUGCAAAUGUUUUAUGGCCAUUAAGCUGUUGAAGGAAAAGGGAAAGUACCAGGUAACACGAUUUUUAACGACUCACAACCAUGGACUCGCAGACAUAUUUGAGAGGCAUUUCCUACGAUCGAAUCGGAAAGUGACAAUGCAAGACAUUCUAGAGGUGGAAGCGCUGGGUGAUGCGAAUGUGCACACAAGUGCAGCAUUCAACUACCUAGUUCAACAGUCCGGGGGUAGGGAAUUUGUUGGUUUCAUGUUGAAGGACUUGUACAACAAGAUGGCCACUCAUAACCAAUCAAAGACACAAUUUGGGGACGCUGAAGCUGCCAUGAACUGGUUGCGAGUAAGAGGAAGUGAGGAGGAACAAUUCUUUUGUAGGUACACCCAAGAUUCAAAGAAGAGGUUAGCCGGAUUGUUUUGGAGGGACAGCCAAUCUUUAAUGGACUAUCAAUUAUACGGCGAUGUUUUAGUGAUAGAUGCAACUUAUAAAACAAACGUGUAUGGUAUGCCCCUCGUGCUGUUUGUGGGCACAAACAACCACAGAGCUACUGUGGUAUUCGCUUGCGCUUUGUUGUGUAAUGAGAAGGUGGCCGCAUACUAUUGGGUUAUUGAGAAAUUUCUGCAGUGCAUGAAUAACUUGAGGCCAAAGUCAGUUGUCACUGAUGGCUGUGAAUCUAUGCGUAAAGCCCUUAAUAAGCACUUGCCAGAGAUCAAGCACAGACUAUGUGCGUGGCACAUAGGCAGAAAUGUUGGUCAAAAUAUGAAGGAUCCGGACCUGCAAAAAGCAUUAGGGAAGUUGAUAUACACUUCUUACAGUAUCCAGGAAUGGGAGAGGGAGUGGGCGAGAAUUAGCGUGAAACACAAGGUCCAGAACAAUGCAUGGAUGAAAACGUUGUAUGAGAAGCGGAAGAAAUGGGCCGAAGCUUUCUGCAGGGGGCAGUGGUUUGGAGGGAUAUGCACAACCCAACGAUGCGAGGGCAUGAACCAUACGUUUAAGUUAGAAGUCGGGAAGUAUACCACGUUGAAUGACUUCAUACCAAGGUAUCAAAGAGGUAUUUGUCGUAUGAGGGACAGGGUUCUGUUAGACAAUUUCAAGUCAAGAAAUCACUGCCGGGAGUACAAGACUCACAUGUCAUCUAUGGAGGAAUUUGUAUUCAACACCUUUACAGAUGACAUAUAUCUUGUGAUCAGAAAUCAAAUAGAUUUUGAGAAAAAGUUUAGGGUAAGCAGCCGCUUUCCUGAUUGGGAUUCAAACAAUCUGAUGCUUUAUGUUACACAGUACGACAAAGAGGAUAGGCGCUGGGCUGUGCAAUACAUUGCAUGCAGCAGUGAGAAAGAGGAGGAUGAGACGUACUCGUGUUCAUGUCAGCUUUUUGAGUCAGAUGGUAUACCAUGUGCUCACAUCUUUUGUGUCAUGAAAUCCGAAGGGGUGCGACAUUACCCAAAAUCCCUUAUUUGUCCGAGGUGGAAGAAAUCGAAUGGGAGGAGACCUGUCCAAAUGACAUGUGCGGAAGACGAAGGCAGUGGAUUCAAGCCAUCCAGGUACUUAACGUUAAUAGCGGCUGCAAAGAGGGCCUGUUAUAAUCUUGCCAGUACAUAG